AUGGAAGGUUUUGCGCUUAUGAAUAACCUCAUCUGCCUACCUCCUACCGGUAUAGGUUCUGGUCCCAUUGCUCCGUGGUUGAUCUGGGCAUUAUGGACCACCCCGAACCAGCUAAUCUUCAACAAAAAGGCUGUAUCGGCGGAGGAAGCUCUGUCUAUCGCCAUGCAAAGAGCCAGAGAAUGGCAGAAAGCCCAAGUCCCCCCUCCGAAAACAGAUCAACGUCACACUCCAAACCCACAGCCCCCUCGACUUCGAUCUAAUACCACCUAUUUCACAGAUGCCGCUUGGCGCGACGGAUCAGCUGGUCUUGGCUGGGCGAUUAUAGAUCAAUCCGGUCAGAUCCAAGCCGAAGGUUCUUCCUCGACGACCCAUGUUAGUUCCCCGUUGAUGGCUGAAGCGUUGGCAACUCUCACAGCAGUGAGAGUUGCAAUCGAAUCGAACAUCAGGGAUAUCUCCUUCGCUUCCGACUCGUUUAUGCUGGUCCAAGCUCUUAAUCAGAAGUUCCACCAGAAGGAACUUCAUGGGACUCUCCACGAUGUCCUUUCCCUAUCCUCUAAUUUCAAUGUCUGCUCUUUCAAUUUCGUUUCCCGAACUCUGAAUCACCAUGCUGAUCGUCUGACAAAGAAUGCCCUUCGAUCUGUCGUUCUGUAA